AUGCGCCGCGCGUGGGCAUUUGCUUUGCGGUUUGGUCGUCAGUGCUUUAUCGCAAAAAACCAUCCUCGCAAAUUUCUGAGGUUUGGUCUUCCUCGAACGAAAAUGCCUGGUGCCCUGAAGGUUUACAUAGCCAGAGGAGCUACCAGCAUACUAAAAAUUAGACCCAGGCCGAGACCGAGACCUUUACCUCCUCCCAGGCCACGACCGAGACCAGGAGGACGACCUCGAAUCAGACCUCGUCCCAGGCCUCGUCCGAGACCUCAAAUUAGGCCUCGUCCAAGGCGUAAAAGAUAUAUGUACGUCGGAAGUUACCGUCCACCGCCCAGUCGUAUACUCGGACGACCAAUCAUAACAUUUAGAAGCAAAGUUAACAUACGAAGGAGAUGUGAAAAGAUAGCAAGAACCGGAAAUUACCGAGCAUUUGCCCUACGGUACGGUCGACAAUGUUACGUAGCUCGCCUGAAAAGUACGAAGUUUACAAGGUAUGGGCGCUGGCGAUUGAUAAGACCUGGUGCACUCAAGGUCUAUGUAAGCACGACUGGUAAACCUAUACGCCCUCGCCCCAGGCCACGCCCGAGGCCGAAGUUACCAGGAAGAAGAUUUGUGCCUAAAUACAUCGGAAGGUACCGCACUCCUCGUAGAUUGGGAAGAGCUGUCCGCACUUUCAGACGACGUUCGUCCGCUCUACGGAACUGCUACCGCUUGGCUCGAGCACGAAGGGCGAGAGCAUUUGCUGUCCGUGCCGGAGUAAGCUGCUACUUAUCUAAAAUGACGUCGGUCAAGUUUACAAGGCUCGGAAAGACUCGAGUAGGGGGCCUCAAAGUUUACGUGAUAAAGAGAGGUACAUCUAGGCCCCGGCCUCGACCCAGGCCGUCGCGACGCUUAUGGAACUAUCGUCGCCUCGGUACAUACAAAGUACCACGGGGCCGUUCAUCUCCAGGCCGCAGAUACUUAGGCACGGUCAGACCCAGAUUAAACCCCGCCAAGCAGUGCGCUAUCAUGGCGCGAAAGGCAAGAUAUCGCUAUUUCGGAGUACGAAGCAGACGCUACUGCUAUGGAGCAAGCUUACGUUCACCACUGACAAGAUUUGGAAAAACGUUUGGUGUUGGAGGAAUGGUUGUUUACAAGAUUGGAAGAGGGCGUCUGAGACCUAGGCCAAAGACAACAGUGUGGCAUUAUCGAUACGUCGGCCGCUACAAAUCACCCACUUCAACGCGUUUGGGUCGAUUUAUUGGAAGGAUGAGAGGGAAAACGAAAGUGUUUGAAUGUGCACGGCGUGCCAAAAGGAUGGGAUACCGUGCAUUUGCUUUGCGCAACCGAGGAGAUUGUUACGUGUCAAGAUACUCGUCAACUUACUCCACUAAACCUAGGGCGUUUGGGCGCUUCAUGGCGAGCACUGGUGGACCGCGUGCUAUAGAUGCUUAUGUGAUCAGAAAAGGUCGUUUCAAGCCUCGCCCCAGGCCUCGUAAAGGAGGCUUUGCCUGGCAUUACCGUUGGUUGGGACGAUUCAGAUCGCUAAAAGGAAGAGGUUUGGGCACGAAAAUAGGUAGAGUGACAGGGAGAAAGAAGGUGUUCAGCUGCGCUCUCUUAGCAAAACGCCGAGGUUUCAAAGCAUUCGCUUUACGUCGGAAUGGAAUCUGCUACGGAACUCGAUCAUCUAGAACGUAUGCAACCAAACCCAUAAUCAAGGGUCGCUUCAGAGCUGGCGCAGGAGGAUCACGUUUCAUUGAUGCUUACAUGAUAGGGAAAGGUCAUUACAGACGGCCAUUGAGAAAAGGAGUUAAGGGUCGCUCUCGGAAAGCAAGACAACGAAAGCGAAUGAAGCAAAUAAGAGCUGUAAGGAGAAGAGUGAGACGAACUAAGAGAAAGCAGCGGCGAGUGGCAAAAACUAGAAAACUGAAAUUGAGAAUAAUAAAACGAAUCAGACUGCUAAAGGUUUUGAAGAGGAAGGUGAUCCGAGUUGUUGUACGGGUCCGUCGUUUGAAACGACUGGGGAACAUAAAACGUCUCAGGUUGGCAAGAAAAGCAAAAAUUGUCUUGGUUAAAAGAGUGCGAAAAAUGAAGAGGAAAAUACAGAGACGCAAGUUAAGACUUAAACUACGAUUAGCGCGAUUGAAGGCAGCAAAACACCGAGCUAGAAUCCAGCGAGCUAGACGACGGGCCAUGAGGUUGUUGCGAUUCAGAAUGAAGCAGCGCAUGCGGAGAUUGAAGUUACUUGCUCAGCAGAGGAGGGUUCGUGCCCUUCGAAUAGCCAGGCUGAAACGUCUGAGGCGAUAUCGUCAGUUAGCCAUGCUGCGCGCACGUCAAAGAGCGCAAGCAGCGCGCAUGAGACUGUUGAUAAGGCAAAGGAUGCUUCAAAUCAAGCGGAAACUAGCUCUGAGACAAAGAAUACUCAGAUCAAGAUACCUGAGGAGACGACAAAGAGCGUCGAGACUACGUAUCCAGGCGUUUAGGGUCAAAGCUCGUCAACGAAGAGCAAGACAGCAGCUUUCAGUUCUAAGGAAACAGUUGGUCAAUGUGGCGAAGAGGAUGGUGUACUACAAGAGAUAUCGGCAAUACAGAUAUUUGAUGAUGAUGCGAGCCCAGAGGCGACAGCUGAUGAAACGAGCGAGUAAUGCUCGAGUCCGUUGGUUCCGAUAUCAGAAACAGCUACAGGAGAACAGACGCAGACAGCGCAUGCUCGUGCUCAGGCAACAGCGAGCGAACAAGAGCUUCAGGCAGUUCCAAAGGAAAAAGAGAUUGUUGUUUGCGCAACAACAGCAGAAACUGAGAAAGCUCAUACAACGGAUGAAGAGUACGCGUCGAGUACGAGUUGGGAAGAAGAGAGGAGACAUUCUCAAGAAAAAGCCCUCGAUGACAAGUUUGAAUAGCAAGAAAGAUAAAGAAGCCAAUACUGUUCCCAAAGAGUUUCGGUCAGCUGAUUUUUUCUGGUCGUUUGAAGAUGCAUCGGGCGCGUACAUAUCCCAUGAUACUGUUCAAAAGCGUCCAGCGCGGCUCAUGGGAGGAUCACGAGUUGUCCCAGAGACCGGACGGGGUCUGGUGGCCAGCACUGGUAAAGCAAGAGGAUGGAUCUCUCUCGGAGACUUUGCAGGAAAAUGCUUCAGCGAUCCAGACCAAUGUAGAGAUCACGGAAUGACAAUGAUGACUUCGCUUAAACUUGACAAGAAAUACUUCCACAAGAAAUCCAGCUCGUAUUUCUUGUCCAGCGGAGGUCAGACCACCCAGGCCCGAGGCUUCGCUCUCCUUCAUAUUCUAAACCGCUACAUCCUCAUACUCAGCACAAAAAAUAGCCAGUGGAAGUUGGAAACACGUGACCUUCCAGAUGGAUGGUUCAACAUUGCCUUUUCCUGGGAGAAGAAGGGUUUACUUAAGCUGUAUGUAAACGGAAAGGAAGUGUCUAAGGGAGAAGCUAUGAGUGUUUCAAGACCGAAGGAUUCUUUCUCCACGUUGCAAGUUGGACGACCAAACAAUUCUCACUCUCCAAAGUUUAGAGUACCGCUGGAAAUGGAUAAUAUUGCUCUCUGGGAGAGAGCUCUCACAAGCAAGGAGAUAGGCGCCUUGGCUGAUAAGGAUUUGAAGACAACCUCCAAAACAAAGGAAAAGAAAGAUUGAAAUACAGAUCAAACAAUGUUGAAGUAAG